AUGGAUAAAAUUACCGCAGGCAUUGGUUACGACUUUAUAAUAAUGAUAACCGCAGUGCUUACUAUCGUUGGUGUUUUAAUUGCUUGUUUUGUAGUCAAUUGGACAUUAACUUUGAUCCAACUUUGCAUUGUGCCUUUCAUUUUUGUCUGCUCAAUCGUUUUUUCCAGACUUAUUUCUAAUGCAACCAAGAACGAGUUGAAAACAUAUUCGGAAGCGGGACAAAUUGCACAAGAAGUAUUUAGCUCAUUUCGAACUGUUCUAUCACUCAACGGUGUAAAAUUCGAACAGAAACGCUAUGAUAACGCACUGAGAAGAUCUCGGUGGAGCUCUGUACAAAAGGGUGCUAUAUUUGGAAUAUUUGUUGGCUCAAUAGCUCUUGCUAUAUACUUUGUGUAUAUAGUUGGCUCUAUCUCUGGUUCUCUUCUUAUGUCUUAUGGGGAAGAUACUCUCGGCAUCACCGAAAUUCUUAUCGUCACUACUGCCUUUGCUGAAUGUAUGGGUUACUUCAGUACCAUUGGUCCUUUUGCCGAAUCAUUUUCAGAAGCUCAAGGCCCAGCAACAUCUUUAUUGCGGCUUAUUGAAGAGGUGAAGUAUAAAAAAGAACAAUAUUGUAUUAUUUUGAACAUGAUAGGGGAAAAUAUCGAUAUGAAUGAACCAGAAAUUUGGGAAGGAGAUUCAACAGACAAACAGCCAGUUGCUUUGAAUGGUGACAUUAAAUUUGAUAAUGUUAACUUUGCUUACCCAUCCCGAAAAGACGUUGUUGUUCUUCAUAAUCUUUCUUUGGUCGCUCGUGCUGGUCAAACAACUGCAAUCGUAGGUUCAAGCGGUUCUGGAAAAAGUACAUGCAUAUCUCUUCUUCUUCGUUACUACGAACCAUUAUCUGGUCAAAUAACUAUAAAUGGCCAAUCUGCCAAACAAUAUAGUCUUAGACAACUUCGACAAACUGCGGGACUUGUCAAUCAAGAACCUUUUCUCUUUCAUACAACUGUUUAUGAAAAUAUCCGUUUUGGUAAAUUAAACGCAACGACGGAACAAAUCGAAAACGCAGCACGUCAAGCAAACGCACAUGAUUUUAUAAUGCAAUUGCCUAAUAAAUACUCAACAAUUGUUGGAGGAUCUGGUCUACAAUUGAGUGGUGGAGAAAAACAGCGUAUCGCAUUAGCUCGCGUCCUUGUUAAGCAGCCUUCUAUACUAUUAUUGGACGAGGCAACAAGUGCACUUGAUACUCUUAGUGAAAAAGUGGUACAGGAAACACUUGCCCGCGUGUGUCAAGGUUGUCUAUCUGUCAAUCGACCUAUUUUGUUUAUCCUGUAUAUGUCUAUUGGUUUUAAUAUAGGUCGCACUACAGUCGUAAUUGCUCACCGUUUGACAACUAUUCAAAAUGCUGAUAAAAUAUAUGUAUUAGAUCAUGGAAAUGUUGUUGAAGAAGGCACACACGAAACAUUAUUGGCGAAAGGUGGAAAAUACAAAGAAAUGAUACUAAAACAGCAAACCGAACAUGCUGAUGAUAGCAUAUAUGCUACAAUAGGCAUUGAAGAAUUCGGUCAACAAAAAGAGCAACAGAUUGGUACAGUUUUGUAUCUUAGUGGCUUAGAAUAUUGUUUUCUUUUCAUUCCAGACGAACAGUAUACCGAGUUUAAUGGUGAAGAAUCUAUUGAUGAAGACGAGGAUGUUGAAAGUUCAUCAGGCAAUCAAUUUUUAAUUUUAAGACUUUUGUCUAUAAAUAAACCAGAAUGGUUAUUCAUUUUAAUGGGCUGCAUCUUAUGUGCAAUUAAUGGUGUUAGUGAACCGUUUUUUGCAAUACUUUAUGCAAAUGUAAUCAAGGCUUUUGGCGAGUGUUCAAAUUCUGGAAUGCUUAAACAAGUGUUGAUAUCAAGUGUCCUCUUUUUAUUAUUGGGCAUUGUGAAAUUAUUCCUAAAUUUCUUUCAAUAUACAUUGUUUGGUAUAUCAGGAUCAAAACUGACUGAACGCAUUCGCUCAAAAGCUUUUUCAUGUUUACUUCGUCAAGAAGUUGCUUAUUUUGAUCGCCCUGAAAAUAGCUGUGGCGCCGUUUGUUCUCGCCUCUCCCAUGAUGCUUUAUCCGUGCAAAAACUGAUUGGUAAUCGACUUGGAGUUAUCCUUGAAAGUUUCUCAUCGGCAAUGUGUGGUUUUCUAAUUGGACUUUAUUUCAAUUUGGAAUUGACGAUUAUUAUCUUUUUAUUUUUAAUCGCUUACUUUAUACUUAUUCAUAUAGAAGUGAAAGUAGAUUUAUGGUUAGAUAAUGAAAUUAACAAAAUACGCGAACCAGCAAGUACUUUGAUUAAUGAAGUUAUGCACAAUAUGCGAACCAUAAAACAUUUAGGAAUUGAAAAAGAAGUAUUAAGACAAUACUCGGAAUACAAUGAAGCGACAUUCACUAAAAUUCGUAAGGUCUUGAUAUUAACUGCAUUAUUUUACGGCAUAUCUUGGACAAUUCCGGACUUAGCCGUAAUAGUGUUAUACUGGCGUGCUCUCGGUCUUAUUGAAAAUCAUGAACUGGAUGCACUUAAUAUGAUUAUGAUAAUUGCGUUCAGUGUGUUUUCGAUUGAAGCAAUGAGAUCGCUUGAACUCACUGUUAAUCCAAUAGGUGGAUCGAUGGCGUCUGCAAAACGAUUUUUCCGCUUAUUUGAUAGAACUCCAGCAAUCGAUAAUGCAUCAACUGAAGGAAAACAAUUAAUUGAUUUUUCUGGAGAAAUCAGUUUCAAUAAAGUACAAUUUUCUUAUCCAUCAAGACCAAACUCCAUUGCCCUUAAUCAGUUUCAAUUAGAAAUAAAACCAGGUCAACGAAUUGCACUUGUCGGCGCUUCUGGAUGUGGAAAAUCAACAACAAUUCAACUUUUAGAACGAUUCUAUGAUGUUGUAGAUGGCCAAUUACUUCUGGACGGCAUUGAUAUUCGUGAAUUGAAUAUUGAAUGCGUUCGUUCUUUUUUUGGUCUCGUCAGCCAAGAACCAGUUUUGUUCGAUUUGACCAUAGCCGAUAAUAUAACAUAUGGACUGGAAAAUGUUUCAAUGGACGAUAUUGUUAAUGCAGCAACUAAAGCUAAUAUUCAUCGUUUUAUUCAACGUUUACCUGAAGGUUAUCAGACAAAAGCUGGGGCGAGAGGCAAUUUUCUUUCAGGUGGUGAAAAACAACGUAUUGCAAUAGCUCGAGCUAUAUGUCGCCGUCCUAAAGUACUGUUGUUAGAUGAGGCAACAAGCGCUAUGGAUUCUCAUAAUGAACAGGUAGUACAAGAAGCCCUUGAAAAAGCUCAGUCAGAAGAUUUUAUUCAAACGUCAUUAAUUAUUGCUCAUCGUUUGUCUACAAUCCGUUCAUGUGAUGAAAUAUAUGUACUGAAUAAAGGACAGAUACAUGAGAGUGGUAAUCAUGAAGAAUUAAUGCGGUUACGUGGUGUUUAUUUUAAAAUGGUCACUGGAAAUAAAUCCAACGGAAAACACUAG